AUGUCUUCUGAAGAUGGUAGCAAGUCCCCAAGCUCUCAAGUGCCUUUGUAUUUGUGGGGAGGCUCCCUGGUGUACAUCAAUAGGUUUGUAGCUAAUCUACACCACGUUACGACUGAAGCUCAGUUCCAAAAGUGUCUGGCUGCUUAUGCUUCUGCCAUUCUAGAUGACAUGCAUGUCAAGCUUGCGAAGCCUCGGACUAACGACGUGCCUUGUGUGGAUAUGAAUGAUCCUGAUGCUAGGAUCAUCACCUUCCGAGGUGUUCGCGCCAUGGAGUGUGCUCCAAGUCAGUGUACCCUGAACGUCUACCUGGCGAUCAAGUGUUUUGAAAACCUAAGCCUGAGGCGCUUCGAGAAGUACGCCCAAGUCCGCAUAUGCAAUGUCAAGCUGUUUGACAGUUUCAGUCAGGGAGAUCACGUAUGGCAUGACGACGUGGAAGUCAGUGGAUUGUGGGAAGGCGAUGUUGGUGAUGGUCCACUCGUUCCCAUCACCUACUGCAACGCGAGUUACAUCAGCAAGAAAUUGAAGCUUGAGCCGGAAAUGGCUAAGGAUGUGGAGAGGUGGAAGCAGAACGGUCUUGACCCUGAUGAUCUGCUUGUCGGACAUGAAGAGUGUUCAGCUGAAUCCCCCUCAAAGAGAAAGGCUGCUGUCAAGUAUUCAAGAGAUGAAGCUACUUCUUCGGUUAAACAUCUUGUUGGUGCAGAUAGUGGGAAGGUUGGUGGUAGACGCGGUGUUCAGGGUGUUCUACCCGAGCCUCAUCUUGACAAGCUUGAAAACUAUGAUCUGCUUCGUGAGACAGCUCUUGCCCAAUCUAGUUCUGCCGAGCGUCAAAGAGAUGCAGAUAUUCCUUUUCAAAGUUCGAGUCAUCUGCAUCAGUCAAAGGAUGGAGAUCGAAGCGGGAGCGUUCUUCUUCAGCAUCAGGUUAAUCCCAAGGUGAACAAGUCCAGCCCUGUAGGGAAUGCAUGCAUAUCUGAUCUGCUCAAGACGAACUUCCUAUCAAACCCGUCCUCCUAUGCUGAGUUGGUCGAUCACAUUCGUCAGGCCGGUGACCUUGGCACAUUCUUGAGUCUUUCCUUGGAAAGACAAAGGAAAAUGACAUUUCAUCUGAUUAAAAAAGGAUUGGUUUUUGAUAUUGAGACUAUCCAUAACUCAUCUGUUGUUGCCCCCUCUUCUGCUCAGCUCAGCGAGCUGGAGAAGAAGAAUGAUGAACUGGCCAGCAAGCUUUCAGUCAGGGAGGUCACGUAUGGCAUGACGAUGUGGAAGUCAGCGGAAGCGAGCGACAUAAGCAAGAAAUUGAAGCUUGAGCUGGACAUGGUUAAGGUCGGCCGAGCUCUAAACAUCCCUCCGAAGUUUCACGAAUGGUGCUGGCUGUUAAGUGAGUAUCGGGAGGAAGUCGGUGGGUUGCCUUUUGUCCAGGAUGUGGAGAGGUGGAAGCAGAACGGUCCUGACCCUGAUGAUUUGUUUGUCGGACAUGAAGAGUGUUCAGCUGAAUCCCCCUCAAAGAGAAAGGCUGAUGUCAAGGUCAAAUAUCUUGUUGGUGCAAAUAACAGGAAGGUUGGUGGUAUGCGCGGUGUUCGGGGUGUUCUACCUGAGCCUCAGCUUAACAAUCUUGAAAACUAUGAUCUGCUUCGUGAGACAGCUCUUAUUCGAUCUAGUUCUGCCGAGCGUCAAAGAGAUGCAGAUAUUCCUCUUCGAAGUUUGAGUCGCUUGCAUCAGUCAGAGGAUGGAAAUCGAAGCGGGAGGUCUGCUCACGAUCCAGCUGUUAAGUCUCAGGCAGUUAAGCAUGGAGUUGAUUCAGCAUCAUUGACUCUGGAUGUGAUGUUGGCGGAGGUUAAGAAGACGAGAGAGCCAUCUGCCCGGGCAAAAGGUUCUUCUUCAACGUUGGCAGUUGAUCCCAAGGCCGGCAACCUUGGCACAUUCUCGAGUCUUUCCUUGGAAAGACAAAAGGAAGCGACAUUUCAUCUGAUUCAAAAAGGAUUAGUUUGUGCUACUGAGACUAUUCAGAACUCAUCUACUGUUGCCUUAUCUUCUGCUCAGCUCAGCGAGCUGGACAAGAAGAAUGCUGAACUGGCUAGCAAGCUUUCUGCCGAGUAG